CCUCAGGACAAGAUGCAGAAGUUUAUUUCUAUGAUUGAGGAGAAUGGAAUCAGUCUUCAGGAACCACAAGUGUAUGAAGCUGAGAAUCUGCACAGAAAUACAUAUUACAGCCUGGACAAGGAGAGAGUUAAACCCUGGACUAUACUUGAAUAGAACUGUAUUAAAUACAUAUUACAGUCUAGACAAGGAGAGAGUUAAACCCUAGACUAUACUUGAAUAGAACUGUAUUAAAUACAUAUUACAGUCUGGACAAGGAGAGAGUUAAACCCUGAACUAUACUUGAAUAGAACUGUAUUAAAUACAUCGACCCCUACAUACGAAGACUACUUUUAGACUCGGUUUCAAAUAGUCUAAUUAACAUGAAACACAGCAAUUUUGCAGGGUGCAACUACAGUGUACAGUGUACAGUUGUACACAAACCCAAUUAACCUUAAUAAAUUUAUUUUCAAGCGACUUGUACAAUUAUAUGCUUUAUAGCUCCAACAAAUAAAACUGUUAAAACGCUGUCCUCUUUUUUUCCACAGUUUUAUGGGUCUCACUCGUUUUCCCAUCUUUAAUUUAUUUAAUUAUUAAAUUGAAUUUUAUAAAGAUUAUUCUCUUUCAGACAAGAUGGGGGAAGAUGAAUUCCCAGAAGGACAGAAAGCGCACAGGAAGCGAAGUGCUGGAAAGAAAGCUGAGAAAAAGAAAGUUAAAACUCCUAUUCAGAAGGAUGCAGAGAAGCAGAGAAAUCCCAAGGCGUUUGCGGUUCAGAAUAUAACAAAGGCGGAACGGCGUGUAAGGCGUAAGGAGGAUAUAUCUGAGAAAAGAAAGCAUCAACCCGUGGUUGACCGUACACCCCUGGAGCCACCACCAAUUAUUGUUGCUAUUGUGGGACCUCCUAAGGUUGGGAAGAGUACCCUUCUUCAAUGUUUGGUGAGAAACUUCACUAGGCAAACUCUCAACAAUAUUCAGGGUCCAGUAACAGUAAUAUCUGGUAAGAAGCGAAGGCUAACUCUGAUUGAGUGCAACAAUGAUAUCAACUCUAUGAUCGACGUGGCCAAGGUUGCAGAUCUAGUUCUUCUACUGGUUGAUGCUAGUUUCGGGUUUGAGAUGGAGAUAUUUGAGUUCCUCAAUAUUUGUCAAGUUCAUGGUUUCCCCAGAAUAAUGGGUGUUCUGACGCACUUGGAUACCUUUAAAAAUAACAAGGGAUUACAGAGAACCAAGAAGAAUCUGAAACACAGAUUUUGGACUGAAGUUUACCAGGAUUUGACACUGAAACACUUUCUUAGUUUAUAUGAAUGUGAGUCCGGGCUAUCUCCCUUACCUUAUGUCUUAUUCUGCUCUAGGUUGAAUAGUAAGUGUGACCGUAAGGUGUCUCUGUACGGUUAUCUCAGGGGAACUAAUAUAAAGAAAAAUUCACAUCUACAUAUAGCGGGAGUUGGGGACUUCCAAAUCUCAGACAUCAGUUUCCUGCCUGAUCCUUGUCCUCUACCUACGGAGGUAAAGAAGAGACGUACAUUGGUUGAGAAGGAUAAAUGUAUCUACGCCCCUAUGUCAGGGGUGGGUGGAGUAGUUUAUGACAAGGACGCUGUAUACAUUGAUCUAGGAGGAAGCCAUUCUUAUGCCCGAGCUGAGGCUGAUAAGGACGAAGAAGAAGUUCAUGUUGCAGACCUUGUCAAGAAUAUUAUCAGCUCUGAAUUAAGUUUAAAUGAGAAACUGGAGAGAAGUGAACUUAAACUUUUUUCAUCCUCAACCCCCUUCACAUCACAGGAGCAUACUGAACGUAUGGAGGUCAAUAUUGGAGGACGUAGGAAGGUUAAAUUCCAGGACAACAAAGAGGAUGUGAUACAAGAGGACGUGGAGGAAAUGGUAGGAGAAGAUGAUGUAGAUGGAGAGGAUUCAGAAGAUAACAUUGAGGAGGAAGAAGAGAGCGUGGAAGAGGAGGACCACGAAGAAAAGGACGAGGAAGAGGAGAAUGAGGAAGAAGAGAAUGAGGAAGAAGAAGAAGAAGAAGAAGAGGAGGAUGAUGAUAAGUCUUUGUCUCUUGGCAAACGUAAGUCUGAAGACAAAACAAACAAAACUGUUAAGAAGCUAAAAACCUGGAAUCAGCCACCUAAAACCAUCAGUGAUAUUAACGCAGCCAUUCUCCAGGAAAUCGGAGGCAGUGCUUCAGAUGGGGAUUCAGAUGAGGACAUUGCAGAAGGAAAUGACGACAAUUUAGUGAAAUCCGAAGAAUCUUCAGAGGUAAGAAAAUCCUCUGAUUCUGUGAAAUCUGGUAGAUUCCAUCAUCGACUCGCCACUGAUAAAGAUACAGAGGCGCACAACAAAGUGACACAAGCUUUGUCAAAAAUCAACCAGAAGGAACAGAUGGAAGAUGAAGAUGAAUCAGAGGAAGAUGAAAAUGAAUCCGAAGAAAACGAAUCUGAUGAAGAGGAUGAAAGUGAAAUGGAAGAUGAAGAAGGCUCUAGAAGCAGAAAUGAGGGUGACUCAACUGAUGAAGAAGAAAAGGACGAAAAUGAAGAAGAGGAAGAGGAAGAAGAAGAAGGAGUCUUAAAAUGGAAAUCAGAUUUGGCGGGGAAAGCCAGAGAUGCUUUCUACGCCAGACAGUCCAGUACAGGCAGUCUGAGGCGGUUAGUAUAUGGCCAUCUCCAGGAUGAAGUUGAAGAUGAUAAAGAAGAUGAAGAUGAUGAGGAUGAAGUGGGAGGACUCUUUAAGAUAGUUCGACAAAACCAAGCCCAGAAAUCUGAAACAGCAAGAUUGGCAGAUGGGGAGGAUUGUUCUUUCUUCAAGGUUGAUAAUCUUCAUGAUUGGGAAAUUGAAGAUAUGUGCAAUAAAAUCAAGGAUUGUUUUGUGACUGGUAAGUGGGGCCAGGGUGAGGACGCUGAAGAACUUCUGAAGAUGGAUGACGAGGAUGAGGAUGAGGUCUAUGGGGACUUUGAGGACCUUGAGACGGGACACUCAGUUAAGGCCGGGAUGAAAAGUAUAGAUGAAGAGGAGGAGGAAGAAGAAGCACCCCGAAUAGUUGAUUAUGGAGGAGAUGCUCAAAGAGAAAAGGACAAAAGAAAGGCGCGUAUGGAGCGUAAGAUCCAGCUGAAACGACAGUUUGAUGUGGAUUAUGAUGAUGGUGAAGGCGGGGCAAAUUCAACCUUCUACGAUGAUCUCAAGAAAGAAGUUGAUGACCAGUCAACUCUGAAUCGGAAUGAGUUUGAUGGUAUGGAUGAUGCACAGCGUGUACUGUAUGAAGGAUAUCGUCCUGGCAUGUAUGUCAGAAUUGAGAUACAGGACACCCCUUGCGAGCUUGUAGAGUUCUUCGAUCCUUCAACACCUUUGAUAAUUGGUGGCCUGCUGAAGGGAGAGGACCAAAUAGGAUUUGUGCAAACCAGAUUAAAAAAGCAUCGUUGGUAUCCCAAAAUCCUGAAAAACCGAGAUCCUCUUAUUGUCUCCUUGGGUUGGAGAAGGUUCCAGACACUUCCAAUCUACAGCAUAUGUGAUCAUAAUAUGCGAAGACGAAUGUUGAAGUACACUCCAGAGCAUUUACAUUGUGAUGCAUACUUUUGGGGACCACUGACCCCACAGGGAACAGGUAUGAUGGCUGUCCAGUCUUUGGCAGAAAAACAAGAAAACUUCAGAAUAGUUGCUACUGGAGUAGUUCUAGAAAUGGACAAGACCAGCCAGGUUGUGAAGAAGCUAAAACUGACAGGAGCCCCAUACAAGAUAUUCAAGAAAACUGCUUUCAUUAAG